CCCGCCCGCCCGCCCCUCGCAGCCCGGAGCCAGCCCGGCCAGCACAGCGAGCCAGCAACGGCAAGCCUCCGCCACAGCGCCUCCACAGCACAGGCCUCCCACAUCCACGGGCUCUCGUUGCAGGCGGCGCCCGGGAACAGGCGCCCUGAGCCGGGCGGCGGUUUACAAAUUUAGACCGGGGAUCGAGAGACAGGUCAUCCAAAACCCGGGGAGGAACAGAGGGACCUUGCUGUACCAGUCCAGAAUCCUUUAAGGUGGCAGCAGAGAUAGAAAGCUAAUGUUCACAAGGAGAAGAAUCACGUGAUGUAUGAAGGCAAACACAUACACUUCUCAGAGGUCGAUAACAAGCCCUUGUGCUCCUACAGUCCCAAGCUCUGCAAGCAGCGCCGGCUCAACGGCUACGCAUUCUGCAUCCGCCACGUUUUGGAGGACAGAACCGCUCCUUUCAAGCAAUGUGAAUUUGUGGCCAAGUACAACAGCCAGCGGUGUACAAACCCUAUCCCAAAAUCUGAAGAUCGAAGAUACUGCAACAGCCACCUGCAGGUCCUUGGUUUGGUGCCCAAAAAGGAACGGAAGAAAAAGUAUGAGCAGCUAGACGAGGUGCGCCCCAGACUGCACCCCGAUGUGGCCAUGGCAGUCAGCCUGGCAGUGCCCACGCUGGCCCUGAAGACGGCAAAUGGUUUGGAUGGACCCACGCGAACUCCGCAGAUGCCGCGGCUGCCCCUCCAGUGCUUGGAGCGCGAGCUGGAUGACCCCUUUGCUUUCCCCGAUGACGACGAUUGCGCACUGAGGAAAGGGACUGUCAAACGGAAGCUUCAGACCAAACUUGCUCAGAACCGGCAGCAGCUGCAACAGCGGCUGCUUCGCAAGCCCGAGAUUUUGAGACUGCAAUCAGAGCACUUUAUCCCCCGCCCUGCGCCGCAUCGGCCGCUCUACCCCGGCACUCCCCCUCUCUCCAGCCCCCCACGACCUACUGUACUGUCACAGGGCCUGCUAUGCAAACCCCCACCGCCCCCCAGCCCCGGACUGCCGCCAGCAGCAGCCCAAUGUACGGCUGCAGCGACGCCUGCCUCUCCCUCGCCAAACAGGAGGCCCCACCGGACCGCCUCCCCGCCUCAGCGAACAAGGACGCCGCCCCUCCCGCAGCCUGCUGCUGUCCCACCCACGCCUGCGGCCAAGGCAGCGGACUCUUCCAGGCCCAACAUGGUGGUUCUCAAGGCUUCAAACUCCACGCCAGUCUGCAGGCAGCACUCGGCCUGUGUAAACAGGCUUCAGAGACUAGCAAAGCUGUGUGCUGAGAAGCAACAUUUGCAUCAGGAUCUCUUUCCACAUUUAGGGCUAGACUGGUCAGAGGACAGUGAGGAAGAUGAGGAGGAAGAUGAACGUGUGCCUCGUUGCCAGUAUGCUUGGACGUUGCGAGACAAAUGGUCAGAUGUUCACCUAGAGUCCGAAGAUGAGUCACGGAGUACAAGAAGGUUAAGAGUGACACGACUCUGCACUUACUUGCAGCACAGAUACUCGCAGCUCUGUCAUGUGGAGCGAGCAGCGGCACGCCAACAAAGAUGUCGGCACGCCUUCCGGAGGGCCUUGCUGCAGGCAGCCAGCAACGAACCUGAUUACACCGGGCAGUUGCUUCGAGACCUCAAAACAGGACCCCCCAUGCAGACCAGCGUGAAGCAGCCCGACCACAGAGUAGUGGAACCAGCACUGUGCACAGGAGGCAUCAAGGGCCAGCACUGCCCCAACAUGUCUCUUCCAUACACCAGGCAUUGUUUCCAACAUAUCUUGUUGAGUCACUCGCAGCAGCUGUUCUCAAGCUGCACGGCCAAGUUCGCAGAUGGGCAACAGUGUUCCAUUCCAGUGUUUGACAUCACGCACCAGACUCCACUGUGUGAAGAGCAUGCAAAGAAAAUGGAUAAUUUUUUGCGGGGUGACAGUAACCGGAAAGUCCUGCAACAGAGGAAACCCAGGAAGAAAACCAAGCCUCCAGCACUUACCAAAAAACACAAGAAGAAACGGCGAAGAGGCCCAAGGCGGCCUCAGAAACCCAUUCCUCCAGCAGUACCCCAGGGCAAUCUCACAAUGCCUUCCAGUCUUGGCAUAUCAGUCAUGGCUUCCCAUGUCAGGGACUCUUCAACUCCAGAACUCAGUGCUGACGAAAUCCCUGAUGACAUCACCAACGAGAUCACGGAUAUGCCAAAUGACCUGGAACUAAAUCAGGAAGAGCUGGCAGAGGUUCUUCAGCGAUUGCCUGAUGAUUUGCAGGACUUCGACCUCUUUGAAGGUAAGAACGGUGAACUGCUGCCAACGACAGAAGAGGCGGAGGAGCUGGAGCGGGCGUUGGAGGCGGUGACUUCGUACGCCGCCUCGCUGGAGUGCCUCAGUUCCAUCGGUGAUCUAGCGCACACGGACGGAGACGACGACCAGGAGCUGUCGGGCAGGGGAAUGGGUGCGUUCGUCGCCGCUGCCGGCAUCCCGGUUCUCAGCCGGGCCGUCAACAACGAUCUGGGGGAUCUCCUCAACGGCCGCAUGUCCACCGAGAACUUCUCCAGCCUGGAGCUGGACGAGAACCUCCUGCCCGCCCCCUCGGCGCUGUCCAGCCCGGCCAGCUCGCAGGGCGCCUAUGCCUCGCCGCCGGCGGUGGGCCAUGCCUCCUUGUCGGCCCUCGGCGAGCGCGCCUACCCGGCACAUUUCCACGGCCUGCGGGCCGAUGGCAGCCGCUUAUCUCCCCGCGCCCAUCUGCUGGGCAAGGCCGAGGAGCUGCUGGUGCCGCGGUCUCGUUGUGGGAGCGAACAUUCUUGCACGUCCCCCUACAGCAGUGAGCAGGCGCCGUCGCCCUACAGCGACCAUGUGGUCUCGCCGCCCCGCCCCCCGCCGCCAGCCUACCCCUCCGACGGUCUCUGUGCUCCCUUCUCGCCUGAUGUCGCUGCCCUGCUGCCCGCUCACGUGUUACCAGCUCAGCUCGUCAACUCCAGGCCCCAGUGGGGCACCAUCAGCCUGAGCGAGUCGGCCAGCUUCAGUGGCCUGAUGGCGCCCGGGCCUGAGGGUCACCUGCUCUCCACCUCGCUCUCCACCUCGCUCUCCACUCCCCACUUGCCCUCCACCUUCUCCAACGCCAAGGCACCCGGCAAUGCUGUCCUGCUCGCUGCACUCGGCGAGGCCGGCUUCAGCGGCAAUGGCUGCGGCGCCAGUCUGGGCCCAUCCUCCCCUCCAGACCUCUCCUCUUCCUCCAACCCCGCCAAGCCGCCUCUGCCACAGUUCAGUGCCGCCUUUGGGCCGCAGCUCGGCUCCCACAGCGGCAUCCCCAAGGACGUUCAGCCCACCCACAGCUCGGUCGCACCCCCCACGGGCUUCUCUGUCACCGCCGCCAUCAGCACGAACAAGGUCUCGGCACCCUACAGCCCUUCGCAGUGAGUCACGGCGCAAUGAAACACCACCCUGUUUUCUCCCUUGCAAGUGAGGGUCGAGAUGUUUUCCCCAUCUCUGAUAUAUUCAGUGGCUUCUUGGAAUUUUUCAAGGGUAUCAGCUGGUCGUUUUUCUUAAAUCAAACUCUUCCUGCAUGUGGUAUGAGGGGUAAACCUGUAAGGGCCAAGGCUUUUGGGAGAACCUGACUUGUGACCAAACAGAGAUGCCAGUGAUUCCUACCUUUAUUGAUACAAAGUACAAACAUAAUGGGUAAUGCUCAUCAUUCUCGCAUCCAACGUUCCUGAUGUCAAAAAGGGGCACAUACCUUUUGAUUUUGGUAAUGAACGACAGACCCAAAUCUCUUUGCACACCUGUUUUCUUGGCAUAUUUCCCUGCUUUCUCCACCUCUAGCAUUUAUGAACACUGCCUCCUCUAUCUCCCCUCCAUUCCCAGUCCAUCAUUGGCAUCUCUGUUGUGAGCAGCAUUUUAACAAAUUGGCAGCCAGACCAAACUCCUGCCAACAUUUUUUUAACCAGAUAUCUCUGACCUGGAUAUUUUGCCAAGCAGCCACUAUGAGUUUAGGUGACUUCCUUUCCACCUUGCUAGGACUUUGUGUGCUUUUUGAACAGGGGAAUGGGUGACAUUUUGCCCCCUUUUCAGGGCUAAAAGAGCUAAUACAUUCAGUUUGAGUAUAUUUUUUAUGUAAAUACAUUAGUACAUUUUAUGACAUUGCUUAUUGUAUAAAACCAUUAAGUAUCAAACUCGAGGUAGAUGUUUGGCUCAUUGAGGCUUUUUAUAUAAUAAAAUUGACUCAGAUACACACUAAGUUGUAGAUCAGGUGCCCACGGUCUCUGCACAGACAUGCCCCACAUUGCUGUGAGAUUCUUAAGCUAGGUGCAGUGCUGACAUCAUUUAUUUGCUAAAAUGUAAUCCUAAAACUCAGCCUAAAGUCUUCUGUGAAUGGACUACUAACAAGCAAAUAAUUUCAAUCUGCAAGGAUAACUGGGUGUUUUAUAAAUGCCAUAUUUGCAGAGAUAUCUCCUAAGCUCAAAGCCACGAAUAAGAUUUAUUUUGCCUUCCAGCUGAACAUUGCACCCUUCUCCAACAACCCCCUUCACCUCUGUUGUUCUACCUACAAUCUCCAGUCCCUAUGCCUGCCCCUUCUUGCAAGGGUGUUCAAAACUUAAAGCAUCAGUUCUUUUGGCUCCAAUUUAUAUAUUUCCAUGAGAGGCCAGUUGGAGUUACUCUUCCUAAAAUCACAGGUGCUGCACCUGAGAGACCUAAUACUCGCAAUAAAACUUGUUCACUGAAGCUUUUGUUGCAUUUUAGUUAGCUUGGAUGGGAGAGAAAAUAAAAUAACCAGUGUAUCUUGGUGUAGGACAGCAGAGGUUGAGGAUUUUCUAGGAACAGUGGGAAAUUGGGUAGGGUAAUGUUACUUCCAUUUUUGGGAACCCUUAAAAGCUGGGCUUUUGAGGUGUCGUCAUAUCGUUAACAGCAUCACAGCGUAUGGAAUCCCAAUUUGCUCUCAAACCAGUACUUUUGAUGCUCUCAAAGGUUAGUUCAUGUGUGGUCUGGAGGUGCUGAUCCCUGGCUUCUAGAGUUUGGUUGUUUAUUCCACUGCCUCAAGACCUGUAUGCAGCUGACACAAAAUAACGGUAGCUAAAGUGUGCCACCCACUGUUUUCUACAAUGCAUCCAGUGUCUUAUAAUGCCAAAUAUUUUAGAUUUUUUUGAGAGAACUUUUAUGUUAAAAGCUCAGCAUGUGUAUAAAAUCUAUCCAAUGAGCUAUAAGCUUGUUUCACUUGUGGAGUUUUCAGAUGAUAUGCUACAAUGGGGUUACUCCAGUUUUAACAUUUUAAUCACACGUACACACUCAUAACCUAUAUUAUACAUAAUAUACAUCGUAUGGAGCUCCUCCAUUCAACACUUAUGGCAUCGCCCAGUUCCCACAGCCUGAUCCUCUUAUACAUUUCCUGCACUCUUAGAACUUCCCAUUAAAAAUUGAAAGGUCAGGGAAGAGAUUCAAUGAAACUUUGCUUGUGAAUGCUUUGUGCAUUUGAUUUGAAAUAAGGGGCCAUUCCCAGUACAUCUUGAAAAGGUGUGGAGGAUUCCAAGUUAGUGUUAUUUGUUUCUUUGAAUAAAGGUGAACUUGCUACACAUUGUGGAACAGAUCCAUGCCAGAUAUGUUUUGUGGAAGGACAAUAACAAUUUUCUGCACACACAACCCCUUUUUAAAUAAAAAAACAAAUCGUGCAUUCCCAAUAUUCUAUUUUAAUUUAAACAUCCACAUUUUGUUAAACAUGAUGCCUCUCAUCACGGAGUAUGCAUUCUAAUUUUACAUUGGUUGUUUACUUAAUUGAUUGCCAUAAUAAAGUGCUUCAUUGUGUGUGGGUUUGAAAAUCGAGUGUGAUCUAGUUUAAUAAUGCUUUCUGUCAGAUUAGUUUGGAAGAGAGCAGGUUUUGUCAACCACUUGCUUAAUGCGGGAGUUGUUCUAUUCAAGUGUCCCAGUUUCUGGGGAGUUUCUUCUGUCUGUCUCAAGUGAAAGCUUGUGAAAGAGAGAGAGAGAGAGAGAGUGUGCAGAAAAGAAUCACAAUCGCAACUUUGGUUAAUUCGGUUACAUAGAACACAAACGUGCUGGAGUAACUCAGUGAGUCAGGCAGCAGCUCUGGAGGACAUGGACAGGCACUGUUGAGAACCAACCCAAAACGUUGCCGUUCAGAGUCCAGAGUGAAAAUGUCAUCUAUCUUGUCCUCCAGAGAUGCUGCCUGACCCACAUAGUUACUCCAGCACCUUGUGUUCUGUGCACGAUUCCAGCAUCUGGUUGCAUUUGACAGGUCAUACACUCCAGUUUCCUCUAGUCAUGGUCUUCCUGUUUGAGAUGCGGCUGAGGGACGUGUGUGGUUUUUAUCCAGUGGAUUAUUGACUGGAGACAGCAGAUAAUGGUCCCCAAUCAGAGAACCACUUCAUUAGAGUCCCUUCUGACAAUUUUAACCGUAGAAAACGACCCACAAGCUUCCCGCUCUAAUUCGGGUUGGUGCAUUUCUUCGGCACAAACUUACUGGUUUUACUAUCUCUCAUUACUCCUUGCCCCCAGUCCGCGUUGUAUCUCAAUACAUCGAUCUAUAGGUCUAUUACACCAGUCUUUGCAUGCAUGCUCCCCUAACACCUUGGCAUAUGCAUCUCUCCACCCAAAGCGCCCUGAUUUGUGAGCAAUUCUGCGUCCAACUCAGUCUGAACCGCCCCAUCAUUAUCAACCUGAUCUUUGAACCACUUCACCCACCCAAUACCUUGAUCUGUGACACUCUCCACCCCCAUCACUCUGGUCUCUGACCUAUUUCACUCCUACCGCCCCAAUCUCUGAAUCACUUUACAUCUAUCACCCUAGCCUCUGAACCACUUCACCCCUAAUGCCCUGGUCUGUGAACCUUCCCAUCACCUCAGUCUGUGAACUGUCCCUCCCCAUUGCCUCAGUUUGAUGAACUGCCCCAAACGUCCCGGUCCCCGAACUGUUUCUCCCUUAACCAAUCUGAUCUGUGAAUCUGCCUACCCCUAUCCCCUCAGUGCAUUCACUGUGUAUUUCUCCAUCCUAACCCACUCUGUCCAUGCUGUCCACUCUGUCCCAAACCUUGGUCUGUGUACAUCAGAGGAAAGUUCCCUGUGUGUGGUAUAAUUCUGAGUAGCAUGAGUAUGUUGUUCAGGGUGUAGGUGAGAGCAGGUAUUUAGGUGCAGGUUACUUUUGGGCGCUUUUGUCUAUUGUGAUAACACCACUAUUAUUAAAUUCCAGGUGUUUUAGUCGGACAACCACAUAGCUACAGAAUUAUGGUGAUUUUGAGUCUCCCAUCUGACUUACUGUGGUAAAAGCAUGGAUAAGGUUGGCCUAAGAAGGGUCUGUUUCCAUACUGCAUAGCUCUAUGACUCUGAGGUUGGAAAUGUGUUUUGGAGCUUUAGUAUCGUACAGCCAUUUAUGGGGGAUCAUCAGCUCACUGUGCAAUGUGUUGGGACCAAGGGCACUUCUGAAGGUUUUGGAACGUAAUUCUACUCCUCCAGCUAUUUGUCAGGAACUUCUGGGUGGCCCAUGCUGUUACAAUUUACAGAUUACCUUUGUAUAAAGUGGGAUCUUAAAUUAUUCCAUGCCAUUUUAUCCUGAUUUCUAGAAUAACUCAUUGUGUUUUGUAUACUCUUUCCCCGGUGGCUUAACAGGAAUGAGAUAUUCUUGGCUGAUUCUUAGUCAUUGCCAUUUCUGUUUCUUUAAUCUAGGGUCUUUCUUUAAUUUUAUGUUACAGAGGGAAGGAAUAUUUGGUAUUUAUUUCUUGCUGCACUAAGAUAAGGGUUUUUGUUUAAUGUUGUUACCUGACACUGGAUCUGGUUAACCGCCUGUAGUUAUCCCUCCUCCAUUCAUUGCUUUUAAUUAACUAGUUUCUCGACCAAAAAAAAGAAACAGCUUUCAAGGGAGUGGGAUGAGCAGACUUUACUUUUAUAAAAUUGAUGUUACUUAAUGGAAAUUUAUUUACUAUUGAAAUUCCCUCAUUACUCUCAAAUGCUAAGCCAGUAAUGAACUGUGGAGAAACUAUUAAUAUGAAUAGUUGCAGUCUGAACCAUGUUUUGUUCAAUGCCUAUACAUCUUGUUCAUUACUCAUCAGCGCAGGUCUGGUCAGAUUGGAAGUUGUGCUCAAAAUUAGAUGGGGGGUCUUUGACAGUGCUGCAACUGACGUGCACAUCCUCGAUGACAUGCAAGCAAAGGAUUUGUCCAUGUGAUAUGGUUUUGAUCUGUCUUUGGUUGCUAACAUAAGAAGUAACUGGGGAUUAAAGAGUUGCACUCUCUGCUGUCGCAAUGAAUCACCUUUGAUUUGCAUCAAGGGAGUGGGAUGAGCAGACUUUACUUUUAUAAAAUUGAUGUUACUUUAUUGAAAUUUAUUUACUAUUGAAAUUAUAGCAAUUUUUAAAGAAUCCAUCUGUUUCAUCUGGGUUUAUAACUGCUGGAAUCCAUAUGUGUGCCCUAACGGUUAUAUCAGAU